CACACUUCCUGUCCGAUCAUUGCAUCCAAUUCCUCUUUCCUUCCCCCGCACCCCCGUUUGAGAAAGGGGGAUUGAAAAUCUUCAACUCCUUAGCUGCCCAGGCGGUAUGCUAUUUACAACCCGCUUACCUUUGUCCGAAUAGUGCUAGGGACACCAUGGACCCAUCACCGCAGGGGGGCUCGAGCAGUGUCACCGUCGAGUAUACCGAUCCCUCCGGGCUCUUCCCCGACGUCCAGUCUGUUCUCGCAGAAAAGCUCCCGCUCAAGAAUCUCCACUGGAAAUCACCAACUCGCCCCGUUCGAUCCAUCGAGUCCCUCCGAAUCGGAUUCGUUCCCGCCCAGCAUGAAGCGGACGAGCAAAAGACCUCCACCGAUACGACCGGCACCGCAGUGACACAUCGCCGGCACCAAAUCCCUGGCCUGCGACAAACGCCCUACCUGAAGAUCUUCCUUCUCCGAUGCGACGACAACGACACUUACAAAGCUACGGCGCGGAGGGCGCUGCGUGAUUGGAUCAAGUCUCACGCCUCCACCUCGCUAUCCAACACCACCACAACCAGCCAAGAGAAGCACGAUGCCUUCGAUUGGCUCAUCCUACACGUCGUGCAGGAUGGGGAGAGCGCCGAGAAAGUCGCCCCAGCCUCGAAAUGGGGACGCACCACUACCACGGUCUUGGAGAAGGUCCGGGCGGACUUCAAUGGCGCAUCCAAGUCCGCCGUGGAUCGCGUGGCGCAGAUCCGUCUGCCUAAGCCAGGAAGCGUCGUCAAGCCGCCGGAGCUGGCUGAUCAGGUCGAGGAUAUCGUGGAGAAGAUGAAGAACGCGAUUCUGUCGGCGUUUGACCUCCGCGUGGCACAGUAUGAGGAGGAUAUCAAGGAGAAGGACUCGCAGCGCAGCUUGCCCGGAUGGAACUUCUGCACUUUCUUCAUACUGAAAGAGGGACUCGCGAGGGGCUUCGAGAAUGUUGGGUUAUUUGACGACGCCCUGCUGGGGUACGAUGAACUCGCCGUUGGCUUGGAUACCGCAAUCCAUGAGCAAUUGGAGGGCACCGGGGAACAGCAUGGCAGUGCUUUCCUUACCCACAGCAAGGACUGGCAGGAGACGGCAAAACAGGCACUGGAGUCGGCGGGUGACGCUGUGCCAAAGGAUGAAGAUCCGGCUGAGCCAGAACCAGUACCCAACCUUGAGUCCGGGGACUUUCCUAUCGACUCCAACAAGAAGCCCUAUCGGGAGAUGAUUUUGGCCAGCAACAUCUCGAUUUUUGACUUCCGCACAUAUGUUUUCUCCCGGCAGGUCACUUUGCUUCUCCGGGCAGCCAGGGCGCCAUCUUUGGCCGGUCUCGAAGCGCAUGGGAACAAGAAGCAGGUGAAGAAAGCCACGAAGGCUGAGAACUUGAUGCUGCUUUCUCAGGUCUGCGACAGGGCAAAUGAGUUUAUUAGUCUCGCGGCACGAACACUGAGGUCUGAUCUUCACACGGGCUUGGCUGAGGUGGACCACAGUGCCGCAAAGCAAGAGGUGAUCGACAAUAUGGUGUCGUCGUGGGUUUAUGCUGCUGCUUCUCAGAUUCUCUCUCAGACCUUCACGCCAGCUUUGACUCUUCCGGAGACUACCUGCCACGUCGCGAACAGGGAAGCAGGGGCUUCUAGUUCCGCUGAAGCCACAGGGGAACUUCCUAAACGUACUAGCUCGCUCAUGAACUCUUCUGCCGCUCGUUCUUCUCGCCCUGGAACAUCGGAGGUCAUGUCAUCCGAGAGCCUCUCGGUUUAUGCUCGACCGGGCUUGGAGGUCCCGAAACCUACCCCCAAAACCGGUUCCGAGCAGUUGGCUUCCGGGAGGGGAGACCUAUACCUCAUGGCUCGACGAGCCUUGGAAGGAGUAUCUGGCAGAUACGGCUGGAAAGAGAAGUGGAAUGAAGAUCGCUUACUAUUCGAUGAUGAGAACAAUGCAGAAAACGACAUGGCGGAGGUCAGCCUGGAUGAUGAAUCGCCGGAAUCCACGAAAGACGCGCCGGAGCCAAGAUAUCUGUGUGGCAUCGCUCUUCCGGGACUGAGAAUCGCGCUUCGCUCAAGGAGAGCUUUUCGAACGCAUUUCGAGGACCUGACAGACCAGAUGUAUCGGCACCAUAUUGCUGCUAAUCGCACCAACUCAGCCCACGCCGCACUCGCCGAUAUGGCCCUCCUACGGUAUCGGCUAAGUGACUAUGGCGCGGCUGCUUCAUACUUCCACCAGUUGACUCCGUUCUAUGGCAACAAGCAUUGGGCCGUUUUGGAGGGCGUCAUGCUGGAGAUGUACGCACGUUGCCUGAAAGAGCUGGAACGUAGCGAGGAAUAUGUGCGCACUAUUCUUCGCCUUCUCGCCAAGUUUGCCGCUUGGACAGAGUCGAACCUGUCAAGCCGUCAGAAGACUCUAGAUGCCUCGCACAUCUUCGCUGAGAAUGCUUUGGUCUCUGAAUAUGUUGAUGAGCUUUUCAAGGCCUCCGGGGCCUUGAACAAAGAAGUGUUUGCACCAAUGACCGAUUUCUUUGGUGACCUCAAAGUCCAGCCGACCAUUAUCCAUUAUGGAGACAGGGAUGGGUUUCAGUUACAGCUUGCCUUGAGGUUUCUGCUCGGCAAGCGGAUUGAAAUCAAUUCGCUCAAGUUGCGGCUAGUCAGCGCCCUUGGACCUCAGAGCAAUGAGCACUGUUUAGAGAUGCCGACAGGGAUGACCAUCAAGUCAUCCUCGACGAAGGUGCUUGUAGAUUCAGCGGUUUCGCUUCAAGGGAAAUACUUUGUGGACCGCAUCGAGAUACGUGUGAGGAACCUCAUCUUUACAUUAGCGGGUGGAAGAAACGCAACCCUGCCCAUUGGGUUUAGAGAAGCAAUAGAGGCAGAAGAGGAAGACAGCCGCCCAUACAUUUAUUGCUUUCCACCACCGGACGGCCUGCAGGCAAGGAUCGUUUCCCCGCAUCUUGUCAACCUGCAAGAAAUGCGGACGCUGGAGCUGGAACUCAACAGCGGAUGGAACGAUAUCAAAACAGGCACCCUGCGUGUUAGGCCAGCCACUGCUGGUCUGCGACUGAGAAUCGCAGAGGCGGAGUUGGUCGAAGGCGAGAUUCAAAUCAAAGCCAACAGCGAUUCAGGCACCAUUGAGUUCAACGAACUGAAGCCGAAAUCAUUUGUUCGACUCCGGAUCCCUUAUACGGUGGAGGAGCAUCAUCCGAUCUUGUCUGCAAGGGCAGAGGUGACCUAUGAAACGGGCAGUGGGUCGUUUUCGUACUCUUCCAUUCACAAAAUCAAUUCAGGUUUGCCAAUCAGCGUCAACGUGCAGGAUAUUUUCAAGAACGACGUGCUGUUUUCCCGGUUUACAAUCAGCCCGGCCUUGAUGAUCCCUCUUCGAAUCUUGCGAUGCAACAUUCCUAGUUCGAAUGCCUACGAGGUGCAAUCAAGCAUUGGUGACUCUGUGGCGCUAGAUGUAUUUCCCAAGCAGCCCGCCUCCUUGAUAUACAAAAUCCGGCGGAAGCAGGACAAUGUCUCCUCCCCUGGUUCCAGACGCUCACUCCGGCUGAGUGUGGAUUUCACAUGCGUGGAUGAUGAGUGCAUGGAUGCCGUGGAAAAGGCAUUCCACUCUAGCAUCAUGGCUAGUGAAUUCCACCCAUACAGCACGUUACUUACGGCCCAUAUUGUUGAUGCGUUCCGCACCCAAUUGUCAACCUCCGACAUGGAGAUCGUUGGCCUGGUGCGAGAGGUGGAAACGUUGGGGUAUGCGAAUGCUCGAUGGGAAGGAUUACUGGGCGCGCUGAAGGAGCCACUGGACGGACUGAAAACGUGGCUCAAGGAUUGGCACAAGAACCACCCGGUGAUUCGUCUCCCAGCAUCGCCCACUGUGCCUAAUAGACACAUUGUCAUUCCGGUUGACAUUCCUGAAAUCCCAGUUGUCCAUACAGCCGAGCUUCGCCUCACCAAUCUGACGGGCCAACAUCGACACGCCGCAGUUGGGCAAAUGAUCGCCGCCGAACUCACUAUCCAUCACACUCGGCGCUGGUGCUCAGCUGAACAACGUGAACAGGCCAGUGGAUCGCUCGAAUUUACAUAUGAGCUUCAUGCCAACCCCGACUCGUGGUUGAUUGGCGGUCGACGUCGCGGAAACUUUACCGCCGAAGAGGGGGAGACUAAGACAUUUGCGAUCAUGCUCCUACCCCAGAAGGCUGGCCACCUUCUUCUUCCCGGGCUAGAGAUUAGAAGCUUUGUACCACCACCGCCCUCGUCGUCGGGAGCCCCGCCGCCACCGAUUACCCCUAAGCUGCAGCCCUCGACUGGAGGGGCGGCGGCGGCGGCAGCAGCAGCAGCAGCAGCAGAUCCCGGGCCAGCCACGAGCGGGCAGCUACAACGACGACCCAUUCCUUGUGAGGUAGAUUACCGUAACCACGGGGAGACGGUGUUGGUGCUACCGGAUCUGCGGACGACGACGGUGAGCCUUUCCCUAUCGGGCGGCAGCCAUGGCGGAGCAUGGUUGGUUGAUUCCGAGCGACUCCAUCAAUCUGCAAAGAGUACGAGUGCAUAGACUUCAACAACAACUUGCAGAUGAUUUUUAGAAGGGGGGUUCCUGGCCUUAUGAUUCGUCUGUACAAACAUAUAUAGAUAGAUACCUACAUACAUACAUAUAUCC